GGCCAAUCAGGUAGCGGUCGUUUGACAUAAGGCGUUGUCGCAGUAUCCAAGCGGAGGUCGGGUGUCGCCUGACCGGAUGGUUGAAGUUUUGGGUACUGACUGGAGUUUUGUUUUAUAUAUUUUUUUUAUUCCCUGGAGUUUGCAAAUUAUAUACUGGCAUCUUUUGAUAACUUUGCAAACGUCCCUCGACGUCAUCCCCACCUCGUCGGAGGGUACGCUUGAGACAAAAACGGAGAGGCGGAGAAUAUUUCUGCACCCCUACCGACUGUGAGCCAGGAAUCCAGCUGAGGCGAGCGAAGCCAUGGGGAACCAGGGUAUGGAAGAUCUGAUCCCGCUUAUCAACAAGCUCCAGGACGCCUUCAGCUCCAUCGGGCAGAGCUGUAACUUGGAUCUGCCACAGAUCGCCGUGGUCGGCGGGCAGAGUGCCGGGAAAAGCUCAGUCUUGGAAAACUUUGUUGGCAGGGACUUCCUUCCCCGGGGCUCCGGCAUCGUCACCCGCAGGCCUCUCAUCCUCCAGCUGGUCAACUGCGGUACAGAGUAUGCUGAGUUCCUGCACUGCAAAGGCCGCAAGUUUGUCGACUUUGAUGAGGUGCGACUGGAGAUUGAGGCCGAGACGGACAGGAUCACGGGCUCCAACAAGGGCAUCUCGGCUGUCCCCAUCAACCUGAGGGUGUACUCCCCCAACGUGCUGAACUUGACCCUGAUCGACCUGCCCGGGAUGACCAAGGUGGCAGUGGGUGACCAGCCCAUUGACAUUGAGCAUCAGAUCAGGGACAUGCUGAUGCAGUUCAUCACCAAGGAAAGCUGCCUCAUCCUGGCUGUCACACCUGCCAACACUGACCUGGCUAAUUCCGACGCCCUCAAGGUUGCCAAGGAGGUCGACCCACAGGGGAUGCGCACCAUCGGUGUAAUUACCAAGUUGGACCUGAUGGACGAGGGUACGGAUGCCAAGGACGUGCUAGAGAACAAGCUGCUGCCUCUGCGCAGGGGUUACAUUGGGGUUGUCAACCGCAGCCAAAAGGACAUCGAUGGACGGAAGGAUAUCCGAGCUGCACUGGCGGCUGAGAGGAAGUUCUUCCUCUCGCACCCGAGUUACAGACAUAUGGCUGAACGCAUGGGCACACCUCACCUACAGAAGGCCCUCAACCAGCAACUGACCAACCACAUCCGGGACACCUUGCCAGGGCUGCGAAACAAGCUGCAGAGCCAGCUGCUGUCCCUGGAGAAGGAGGUGGAGCAGUACAAGAACUUCCGGCCUGAUGACCCCACACGCAAGACCAAAGCUCUGCUACAGAUGGUACAGCAGUUUGGUGUGGACUUUGAGAAGCGAAUUGAGGGCUCUGGGGACCAGGUGGAUACGGUGGAGCUUUCAGGAGGUGCCAGGAUCAACCGCAUCUUCCACGAGCGCUUCCCCUUCGAGUUGGUCAAGAUGGAGUUCGAUGAGAAGGAGCUGAGGCGGGAGAUCACCUAUGCGAUUAAGAACAUCCACGGAGUGAGGACAGGCCUCUUUACGCCUGACCUGGCUUUUGAGGCCAUAGUGAAACAGCAGAUCCUCAAACUUAAACAGCCUAGUUUGAAGUGUGUUGACCUGGUUUUGUCGGAGCUCUCCACUCUCAUCAGAAAAUGCACUGAGAAGCUGGCAUCCUACCCCAAACUGCGAGAGGAGACCGAGAGGAUUGUCAGCACCUUCGUCCGAGAGAGGGAGAGCAAGACCAAGGAUCAGGUGCUGCUAUUGAUUGACCUAGAGGUCUCCUACAUCAACACCAACCAUGAGGACUUCAUUGGCUUUGCCAACGCCCAGCAAAAGAGCAACAACAAGAAGAGAGCCGUGCCGAACCAGACGAUCCGUCGCGGGUGGCUUACCAUCAACAUCAGCAUCAUGAAGGGAGGAUCCAAGGAAUACUGGUUUGUCCUGACCACGGAGUCCCUGUCCUGGUACAAGGAUGACGAGGAGAAGGAGAAGAAGUACAUGCUGCUGCUUGACAACCUGAAGAUCAGAGAUAUUGAGAAGGGCUUCAUGUCCAACAAGCACACCUUCGCCAUCUUCAACACGGAGCAGAGGAAUGUGUACAAGGACCUACGGCAGAUUGAACUGGCCUGUGCCUCCCAGGAGGAUGUGGACAGCUGGAAAGCCUCCUUCCUAAGAGCAGGAGUCUACCCUGAAAAGGACCAAGUUGAGACUGAAGAGGCGGCCCCAGCUGACACCAUCUCCAUGGACCCCCAGCUGGAGCGGCAGGUGGAGACCAUCCGGAACCUGGUGGACUCCUACAUCGGCAUCGUUAAUAAAUCUAUCCGUGACCUGAUGCCGAAGACUAUCAUGCACAUCAUGAUUAACAGCACCAAGGAGUUCAUCCACUCGGAGCUGCUGGCCUACCUGUACUCGGCAGGUGACCAAAACUCGCUGAUGGAGGAAUCCGCAGACCAGGCCCAGCACCGUGAUGAGAUGCUGCGCAUGUACCAUGCCCUGAAGGAGGCUCUGCACAUCAUCGGGGACAUCAGCACCUCCACCGUGUCUGUGCCAGUGCCCCCACCUGUGAACGACGGCUGGCUCCAGAGGGACACCAGCCCUCCAUCCCAGCACCGGCCCCCUGCGACUGCCCCAGUCCCCAGCCGUCCCCCCGCAGCCAGGGGCCCCACACCAGGACCUCCCCCAACCCCUAACUCCUUUGGAGCCCCACCCAUCCCCUCUCGGCCCGGGCCAGGGGGCAGCUUGGACACCCCACAGGUCCCCUCCCGGCCUGCCCGCAUUCCCCCCGCUCUCCCCCCUGGAGUGCCCAACCGGAGACCCCCGGCCGCUCCAAGCCGCCCCACCAUGAUCCGGCCAGACUCCCUGAUGGACUAGAUCCCGCUCCUCGGCACUUAAUAACCUCCAUGGGGGGCAGGGUCAGGUCUUACAAAGGGGAGUGACUUGUAGCAUGGAGGGGUGGGGUCACCACUGGGUGAGGAACUCCACUGGUGGAAUUAACCAUACAUCUACUGGCUACCCAUUCGUCUAGUUCUCUACCCAUGUAAUCUGUUUCAAAUAGACACUAAUUUUGGGAUGUUCCUAUGAUCUGGCCAAAGUGAAAUGUGACAGAUUUGGAUUGAAUGAAUAGUCAUAAUACAAGUGUGGGUUGUGUGAGUCAUUUCUGCCCUUUCUUAAAUUUAACCAUUAAAAACAAAAAAAAACCCAAAAUCAGUUGCCCAGUGCCUGGCCUGCUAUCGCCCCCUUCUGUAAAGCCCUGACCUCUGACCCUUAAUACCUCCGUUAACAUUCAGAAACGCAUUAGCCAGCCCCCCUGGUUUUCUAACCUCUUUCAGACUGAAAAUAGACGUUGUUGAUGUUGAUGAUGAUGACGACACUAUCAUGAUACGAUUCUUUUUAUUUUUCAUUUGCUCAGAUUGUGAACUUUCUGCUUACCUUGUCCCUAGCUUUAAAGCAGUUUUCUAAAUGCCAGGAUGUAAGAGGACAGAGAAGUAAGGGGUGUCCGUUAGGUGGAUUUGGGGGUGUGAUUUUACUCCUCAGUUGUGUUCAAAACUUUUUCUGUUCUUUUUCAACGCACUCCAAAAGUGACUUCUCUCCCUGUCCCAGAGUAGAUCCUGGGAACAGCAGCACUUCUGGGAGAGUCUGUGCACAGCAUAGCAGUAGACUAGCCAGUACCUCCGUUAACACUGGCGUGGAACAUUCCCAGAGGAGCUACAUGGGCUCCUUCAUGUAGUCAGCCCACCUCCCUCAAACAGGGCAGCACUUGCCUUUAUGCUCAGUUACUGGCACAUGAAGUAACUGAAGGAAUUUUAUGGCAUAUAUUUUAUGCAUACGUACAUUUUCAAAGAGCUGCCUUUCAUUCUGUCAUUGUGUUAUUUGCCUGUACAGGUUGAGUGGUUUGAUUCCCUGCUUCUGUCACCCCAGUGACCGUCAGUCACAUGUGCUGUUGUAGAGAAAAAUUAGGGAGACGUUUGCUACCAGAGCGGAAAUGACACUGAAUUAUUAGUGAGGUCAGCUGGCCCACUUCCAGUAACAAGUACAGUACUAGGAGAUAUAACAUGCUAAUCCACGGUAACUGCACUGCCUGGACAUGCAGAGCUUUGAUGCUGUGGAGCGAGGUGCUGCCCGCCACCCUAGGGGGCCGUCAGGUUGGCUUCCUUCAGGCCCGUGCCCAUUCCUCUGAGAAGCAGGCCCCUGGCCUCAGGCCUGUGCUCUGCCUGGGCCCCUGCUCUGAUUCCUGGUGGUUUGGCACUACCCAUCAGGCUUCUCGCGUGUUGGGUAUGAGGCUGCACUGACAGCCGCAGCUGCAUCUCUCUGCUGCCUCGUGUGGCGCUGAUGCUCUCUGCAGCCUUCAGGAUCACAUACCCCCAUCCUCAGCUCUCAGCUCCCAUGCCCUACUCCAGAGCUCUUCUUCUGUCCAUCAAAUGUGGCUCCUGAGUGUCUGUGUGACCAUUGCAGGACCUUCAGAUACGUCAGAUAUUACAUCCGGGAAAAAAAUGCCCUGAAACUCUAAUGAAAGUUGGAGAAACUAAGCUGAUAUAAAAGGAGAGUGUCCAAUAAAGGAAUGCUUAUGGUCA